AAAAACAAAAGAAAAAAGAAUGGGAAGAACUUUGUUUACAAUCAUUCGAAUCUUAUGAUGAACUCAAUGAAGAUGAUAUGGAACAUCGAAGACAAAACACUCCUGUUGAAAAUAUGGAAGAUGAAGAACAAUGUAAUGUCGAGCCGUCUACCAUUCAACCUGUGGAAAAAAUAAAAGAAGAUGGCACUGUUGAAUCACCUGGUUUGGUUAAAGCAUUUCAACGUUUCGGUGUAUAUGAUGGUCGCAAUUAUUCUACUCAAUAA